GUAGAUGUUGACUACUACAACAACUUUGAGAAGGAGGAUACUCCUUGGAUCAUGAUAUUAACAGCCAUUUUUGGUAGUUUCAUCUUGAUAUGUGCAUGCUUGUGCAGAGUUUGUAAAAGUCAAGCUGGCCCAGGUCAGCAUUUCGGAAUGAACAGUUCACCCAAUGAGCCUUUUCAAGUAGAUAUGGCGCCAAUUCUAACAGGAAGAGAUUCGUCUCUUCCUCCUUAUUUAACCGGUACGGACUUUAAUCUUACAAAUCACCCUUCAGCUCAAAAUGGAGUAUGCAAUGUUUUUCCUCAGCUGGCAUCAGCUUCACCACAUAGUGGAGAACCACCUGAAAAUGGAGCAUACACUGUUCCUCAUCGAUUGCCAUCAGCACAAUCACAAUGUGACGAACAACCAGAAAAAGGAGCGAACAAUAGCAAGUAUAGCGUUGAAGACAGUGAAAAUAGACACACAUAUAGAACACCAUAUUUCUCAACUAGUAAAAACAAUGUAACAAAUCCGAUUCACACUGGAACUGAUUUGUCAGAGUUGCCUCCACCUCCGACCUAUGACAUGGUCAUGUCUGCAGAUAGCCUUUAUUUGUCCAGUGAAAAGCAAGUGAUUAAGGUCACAAAUGACACGUGCGGGCAGCACACCUCCUUACACUCGUAUGAUAAGCUACGGUUUCAUUACGAUGGCAGUCCAUUUUACAACCUAGACGGAUCUAUAAAUAAAUGCGAGAUCAAAAUUAUUAACGCUCUGGUAAAAACAGAGCUGUGUGUAGCUGGCUACGGAAGGCUGAAACUUCCUGUUCGAUGGGAACGCUUGUGCACAACAAGGUUCCUGUUUCGCUACCACCGAUUUAGCAAAGUGAUGUGCUAUAAAUUUAUGUACAUUAAAGAAUGUCGAAAAGCCGAUGUAGCGUUUGCAGAGUUUAAAGAACCAUUUUUAUACAAAAACAGUGCCUUCGAAGUUGAGGUGUUUGCUGAAUAUAGAGCUCCAACCGCUACAAUAGGCAAUCCUGAUGAUGAUGAGGCUAAUGAUGAUGGCGAGGAUAGUGGUAUUUCGACGUUGGGCGUGGUCUUAGCAGUCAUAACAAUGGUGUUGUCAGUCUGUGUCUGUGUUUGCAGUGUUAGAAGUAAGAGUGCGACAAGUGCGUCAGGUCGAAAUACUGAUGUAGACCGGAUGUCCUAUGAACCUUUUCAAGUAGACGUAUCGGCAAUUCCAAGAUCAGAUUCCCCUCCCCCAUACGGAUCCCUCGUUUUCGAUCGGUUAGACAAACAUGGGACUUCGGAAUGGGAUCCAUCCCUUCCUCGAUACAUAUGCGUUACGGAUUACAAUACUAAGUGUCCGUCAUCGCAACUUCUAGAUGGAGAUCUACCCCAAGAUGGCGCAUGUUAUGAACUUCCUCAGUUGUCAUCCGCGCCACCACAAAGUGGAGAUCAAUAUAUUAGUGUACCGUUUAGUGUUCCCUACCAAGUGUCUGAAAGCGAAAGCAGACAAACAUACGGAACAUCAAGACAUUCAACUAGUAGUGACAAGCAAGCAACCCCGAAUCCGCCUCAACCUCCAAUAGAGUUGACAGAGAGACCACCGCCUCCAUCCUAAGAAGCUGUCGUCUCUACGGAAAGCCAAUAUUUGCCUUGAUUGAUGGCAAUAUAAUGCAACGUACACGGACAAAAGUUGAAAAUUCAAAAGAAAAACUUGUUAAGAGGCACAAGACGAUGGCAAAACGACUGUAGCGAACGUAUAUUAACAAUACUCUAUGAACUUAUAAUUAAGCUACACAUACACCAAAUUAAUAAAAAAAAAUACACAUUGCCAUCACCUCUGACUUAGGCGUCGCCAUUUAGAUAAGGUUCAAAACCAAAAUCAUUCCACACCCUUUUAUAGCAGACUUUUGUGAACCAUUUUUAUCUGAUACAUAAAGGUAGACAAAAGCAUAUCAUGCUUUAGGUAAAGUUUCAUAAUACAUUUC